CCGGGCGCCUGGCUUGAAGUUAGGGGUGGAGGAGCCCCAGGGCACUGCCUCCACUUUCCGGGGUACCCGUCUGGCCGGACCGGACUGGGCAGGGUGAGGUGGGGUGGUGGUCGGGUAUACAUCCAGACCCCCAGUACUUGGCUAUCACACGGCGGCGGCCGGGGCUCCAGAGUGGCAAAACGUUUAGGGCAACCCUUGCCGCUGCGGUUGGGCAGAGCCAGGACUGCGCCGCCGCCGCCGCCCCGGGCCGAGCUAUGGAGCUGCUGUCGCCACCGCUGCGCGACGUGGACCUGACGGGUCCCGACGGCUCUCUCUGCAACUUUGCCACGGGGGCGGACGACUUCUACGACGACCCGUGUUUCGACUCCCCGGACCUGCGCUUCUUUGAGGACCUGGACCCGCGCCUCGUCCACGUGGGCGCGUUUCUGAAACCCGAGGACUCGCACUUCCCAGCGGCGGCGCACCCGGCGCCCGGCGCCCGCGAGGACGAGCAUGUGCGCGCGCCCAGCGGGCACCACCAGGCUGGCCGCUGCCUGCUCUGGGCGUGCAAGGCGUGCAAGCGCAAGACCACCAACGCCGACCGCCGCAAGGCUGCCACCAUGCGCGAGCGCCGCCGCCUGAGCAAGGUCAACGAGGCCUUCGAGACGCUCAAGCGCUGCACGUCCAGCAACCCCAACCAGCGGCUGCCCAAGGUGGAGAUCCUGCGCAACGCCAUCCGCUAUAUCGAGGGCCUGCAGGCGCUGCUGCGCGACCAGGACGCUGCGCCCCCCGGCGCCGCCGCCGCCUUCUACGCGCCCGGCCCCCUGCCUUCGGGCCCCGGCGGUGGUGAGCACUACAGCGGCGACUCGGACGCGUCCAGCCCGCGCUCCAAUUGCUCCGACGGCAUGAUGGAUUUCAGCGGCCCCACGAGCGGUGCCCGGCGGCGGACCUGCUACGAGGGCUCCUACUUCAGCCAGGCGCCCAGCGAGCCCAGACCCGGGAAGAGCGCUGCCGUGUCGAGCCUCGACUGCCUGUCCAGCAUCGUGGAGCGCAUCUCCACCGAGAGCCCCGCCGCGCCCGCGCCCGCGCUGCUGCUGGCCGACCCGCCGCUGCUGGCCAACCCGCCGCCGGAGGCGUCCCCGGGCCCGCAUGAGGCGGCCGCCACGAACGAGGACGAUCCCGGCGCCCCAACCCCUACCCCUGAUGUUGCCCCGCAGUGCCCCGGGGGCGCGAACCCCAACCCGAUCUACCAGGCGCUUUGAGGGUGUCGACGGACGGCCCCGUGUGGAAGGACGAGGCUGGCCACCGCCAGAGGGAUGGCGCCCUGAGGUUUCCCGCGCCCCCAAAAGAUUGAACCACUGUCGCCAAAGGCGCUUUAAAAGCAGCCCCUCCCGAGGGAGGGGAGGCGGGAGAACUGAUGCGUUUCCGCCUUUCCGUACCCCAGAGCACGGACACAGUCCUUUUCCCCCCACGCAGCAUCCUUCCCCAAGACCCACUGUGGUGACCGGUCUGAGUUCCUCCGUGGGCAGAGCUGAUCCGGGAGGAGCCAAGCCCUUCCUCCUCCUCACCCCUUUUCCAUGUGGGUGGGACGCGCGUAGACCUACAGCCCAGACCCACCGGUCCCCAAUGCGGUCGGUGAGUCUUGGUCUCUCCUUUCCUGAGCCCUUGGAGACACCAGCUCUUUCCCACCCCCUGCGCGCCCAGCUCCUGUCCCAAGUGUAACAAGUGUAAUGGUAACCUCUCCCACCCCCUAUUCAGGACCACUUUUUGUAAUACUUUUGUAAUCUAUUCCUGUAAAUAAGAGAUGCUUUGCCGGAGCAGGAGCCCCCAAGGCUGUAUUUAUGGGAGGCAUGGUGUGCGGUGCGAAAGGAACUUUGUAAUGUUUAUAUCAAAGGAGGGUGAGCUGCUGGCCUUGCCCAGGUGUUGGAAAUAAAAAUGCUAAUUUAUACCAA